AUGAUUCCGUUUCCACCAUCACCUCUUGCCAACGCCAAUGGCUGGCCCAGUGGUUUUGAUUUCAGCGAAGUCAACGGCCAUGUCGAGUCAAAAUAUUCCAAAGAAACAGGCCAAUGGACGCCCCUACGUUUCGUUGCGAGCCCAUACAUGAGCAUCCACGGCAUGGCUCCAGCACUCAACUAUGGUCAACAAGCUGCCGAGGGUUUGAAAGCCUUUCGCGGCCCUGGUGACUCAGUCGUGAGCAUCUUUCGUCCCGACCGCAAUGCUCUUCGCAUGCAACAUUCUGCCGACGUGGCCUCGAUGCCAAGAGUGCCCGUGGACAUGUUUUUACAAGCCUGCCGCUCUGUAGUUGCUCUGAAUGCAGCAUUUGUACCGCCUCACGAGUCUGGUGCCGCGCUCUAUCUUCGACCGCAACUUUACGGCUCAAGCCCACACUUGAGCCUCUCUGCACCAAACGAGUAUACAUUUUGCGUUUUUGCCGUUCCUACGGGUAUAGCCCACGGGGCAGAUCCCGUCAAGGCCUUGAUCAUUGACGAGUUUGACCGCACGGCGCCCAACGGCGCAGGCCACGCAAAACUGGGCGGGAAUUAUGCGCCGGUUCUCCGGUGGAGCGAUGAGGCAAAAUGUAAAGGUUACGGCAUAACGCUGCACCUUGACAGCGCGAGACACGAGGAAGUGGACGAGUUUAGUACCUGUGCCUUUAUCGGGAUAACAGCUCAUGACGGUGGCGAUGGCGUGGCAAUUACGGUGCCAGAGUCUCGCUGCAUUAUCGAGAGCAUCACGUCCGAUAGCAUCCUGCAGAUUGCGCGGAGCUACGGUUGGAAGACGAUAAAGAGGCCGAUUAAAUACACAGAGCUUCCGGAUUUCACGGAGGUUAUUGCAGCGGGCACCGCGGCAUCUUUGGUACCAGUGCGGUCCAUCACACGGCAGAACAGGUCCGUUACGUUGCCAGCGAAGCCAAAUGUGCGUGUCGAUGCUGAGGGGGAGACGGUGACAUAUAUUCCCGACUCACGGAAUGAAGCUGGUCCUAUCUGCUUGAAGCUUCUGGCGGCACUCAGAGAAAUUCAGCUGGGAAAAGUAAAGGAUGAGUUUGGCUGGCGCUGUCUUGUGACGGAAGAUGAUAUGCAGAUCGAUGGUGGUGCUGUUCACAAUGGAAAUUGA